CCGUCGCAUCGCUCCCACGCUCACCACGACGCCGAGCGCGCGGAAAAAGUUUAUCAUUCACACGAAACUUACGAUCGCGCAAACAACCCUACUAAAUACAACACCCUCUAAGAAAUAAAACGUGUUCUUAGUAAAACAACUUAUUGUGUUAAAUAUUACAUUUUGAGUAACUUUUCCUAGUAGUGUCGUAGUCUUAUUUGAUUAGGCGGUAGAUGAUGUCCAUUUGUGGCGUAGAUGGGAUGUCCGGACGGUGACAGAUCUUGGGGCAGACUGGGUGCGAACGGCGAGGGUACAAGCGGGCUGGGUGCUCGUGCCGCCGACUGGAUGCUGCUACAGCGCGAGGGCCGGGAGCGGCCACCGGCCAUGGAGGAGGACUGCUCGGCGCGGCCCUGCGCCACCGACUUCUCCAUCGCCGCUAUCAUGGCACGGGACCGACAGGAGAGACGAGAGAGGCGAAGGCAUAGGGACCCCAGGGAGGACACCCUCACUCCACUUGAAAAGUUUGUGGACGCCACAGCGUCAGCAUCGGGGUCACCGUCUCCGCCGUUAGCGGAGUACGAACGAGAUUCCCCAGUGGACGUAUCCUCGACGUCUGAGGCUGGGUCCGCUAGCGGAGCGCCCGGCGGCUCGCGAGCCUUAUCGCCAGCGCCCCGCAACCCUCAGCUUACUGAGAGGUGCUCCAGCGACGAGAUGAAACAUAUACAGUGCCACCUCGAGACCAAAGAACUUUGGGAUAAAUUCAAUGAACUAGGCACCGAGAUGAUCAUCACCAAAACUGGAAGACGCAUGUUUCCGACGGUGCGCGUGUCAUUCGCGGGAUGUCGCGCGGAGGCGCGCUACGCCGUGCUUUUAGACGUGGUGCCGGUGGACGGCAAGCGGUACCGCUACGCCUACCAUCGAUCCUCAUGGCUGGUGGCCGGGAAAGCGGACCCGCCCGCGCCUGCACGUCUCUACCCGCACCCAGACUCACCCUUCGCCGGCGAUCAGCUACGCAAACAAGUCGUAUCUUUCGAGAAGGUCAAGCUUACCAAUAACGAAAUGGACAAAAACGGACAGUUGGUGUUAAAUUCAAUGCACAAGUACCAGCCACGCAUCCACCUUGUGUUGCGGCGGGAGGGCGCCAUCAACGCGCCCAUCGUGGACCUUGAGCAGGAGGAGUUCAAAACGUUCAUCUUUCCCGAGUGCGUGUUCACUGCGGUCACCGCCUAUCAAAAUCAACUGAUAACAAAAUUGAAAAUCGACAGUAAUCCGUUCGCCAAGGGGUUCAGGGACUCUUCACGUCUCACUGAAUUCGAGAGAUUCUAUAUCACGGGCGAGCACGAACGAACAUCGGUCUUCGAUGACGCGCGCUACGGCGCCGCCAACCCUAGGGAGACGAUGGAGUCAAUGCUUGCGGAGCAGCAUUACCUUCGCUCUCCGCUGCGGCCGUUCGACCUGGACCAGCAUAACAAUAAUUUGACGCUAGAAGAAAAAGCUAUCUUGGCUGCUCGUUCGCAACUGUUUCUUCGAGCCGCGUAUCCGUUGUACGGCGUGCCGGCAGCGGCACUGUGGGGCCAGUGGGCGUGCCUCGCCCCGCAGCUCCUCGCCCAGCAGCACCUGGCCUCAGGCUCUGGUCUGCAGCUACCCCGGCCAGUAUACCCGGGCGGCAUGCCCGCGGGCCUGGCGCAGCACCGCUUCUCGCCGUACCCGCCGCGGCGUGCCUCGCCCGGCUCCUCGCCGGACUCGCUGCGCGAUGCCAGCCCGCACCCCUUGCCACCGCACACCCCGCACGCACCGCACCCCCCACACAGCCCCACUUAGUGACGGCCCACCGAUUAAGCUUGAGGAUCUCUUAUAAAUACGUUAUAGAUUACUGGUAUUAUUUAUAUAAAACUUUAGAAGCAAAGUGAUACGUGAGUGUUAUUGACGGACGGAUUGUUCGAUGGAGAUGAACGAAUUUACGUGUUUUCGAUAUCGAAUAAUUGAGUGAUAAUAUGAACUGUUGAUGCUGUGUUGCGAUCUUUGAUUUGUAUUAUAGUGUAUAAAUUAUUUAAAACAAAUUAGUAUAUUGAUGUAAUAAUCGUUACUGUAAGUUGUAUCGUUUUAUGUUCCUAAUGUUUUAUCUCGUCGCUUUGGGCGUCGCAUCGGCAGCAGUAGCAGGCUAGGGUUGAGGUAUAACAAUCUCUACAUGGGUGAAUUAGUUGGCACCACUUCGGCAUACACAAAUCUGUUCGUUUGGUUUGGUUAAAAAACUUUUGAUAUGUGCAAUAAAAGAGACAAAAGCGUAAUGUUAUAGACAAUUUAGCGUCUGUGUUAAGAUGUAUUAUUAAAUUGUAGAGAAUAUAUUCCUUGUCUGUGUUUCCUGAGGUUUAUUACACCUGGCUUAGAGUAAAGUUGAUACGGACACAUAGAUGUACCUAC